AUGGAGAGAAAAUAUAUUACACACCAGAAGGUUCACAAGGGGAGAGAAGUCAUAUCGGUGUUCUGA